CCACAAUCAGCAAAAGCCCAUUAUAUAUACAAUCAUCAUCAUCAUCAUAGGCUGCAGCAAGAACACAUCAUGGCUUCAUCAAACAGGCACUGGCCCAGUCUGUUCAAGUCCAAGCCUUGCAACACCCACCAGCAAUGGCAGCAUGACAUCAACUCAUCAGCCCUCCUUUCUGGUGCCUGCCACAAGAGCCCCUAUUCAUCAGGGUGCGAGGAGAGGAGCCCGGAGCCGAAGCCGCGGUGGAACCCGAAGCCGGAGCAGAUCCGGAUCCUGGAGGCGAUCUUCAACUCCGGCAUGGUGAACCCGCCGCGCGACGAGAUCCGCAAGAUCCGGGCCCAGCUCCAGGAGUACGGCCAGGUCGGCGACGCCAACGUCUUCUACUGGUUCCAGAACCGCAAGUCCCGCAGCAAGCACAAGCUCCGCCACCUCCACCCCCACCCCCCGGCCGCCUCCUCCCGAUCCCGAUCCCAAUCCCAAUCCACCGCCUCCUCGACGUCCUCCGACAAGUCCUCGGGCGCCUCCGAUAAGACCCCGAUCGCAUCGGUCGCUUCCGUCGCCUUAACAACCGUUACGGAUCGACCGACGCCGCCACCGCCGCAGAUGACCAAUCAAUUGGCGCCGAUCGGUCACGUCUACUACGACUUCGGCGCCGCCGCGGCGACUGCGGAGCCUUUCUUUCUCCAGGGGGGGUUGGGAUUGUGGAGUGAGCUCAUGAUGGAGCAAGAGGAGGGGGAGGAGGGGUGCAAGGUUAAUAGUACUGCUAACAAGGAAGAGGAGGAGGAGGAGGAGGAGGAGGAGGAUGGGGAGGGUAAGGCGCUUCUAAUGCUUCUGCUUCUGCUGCUGUGA